CAGUUUAUAACCCUAAUUUUGGGGCCCAGACUUUGUCGAACUGCGUCGCAGAACGGGGAGAGUGCUCGAAACUCACUUAUCGAUAGUGUUUUUAUUGCGGGGGAGGAAGUGAUUGAUUGAUCGUAGGACGGAGCCAGGAGGCGCGAGGGAUCGAACUAGGCUGCGGGUGGAAGCUGUGGGAUCCAUGGAUGCGCUGGAUCAGUUAGUGGCGCAAGUGCAGGCUCUCUCAGGGAGCGAGCAGGAUGUUGCGCAUCUCAGCAGCUUGCUCAAGCAGGCGGAUGAGCUUCUGCGCACGCACGCCCUUCGUCUUCCCUUCUCGCUCUCUUCGCUUCACCCCACCAAGCACUCUCUGGGUUACCUUUACCUCCUUGAGGCUCAAUCAUCCGGAACCCUGACCAGGGAACAAUCGGACAGUUUUUUGGCUCUGGCCUCCUCUUUCCUCACUGUCUGUGCCCCAGAGCAGAUUCGCCUAGCACCAGACAAAUUUAACAGCGUGUGCCGGAGGUUAAGGGAUCAAGCAAUGCACUUACAUGAACCUAUGCGCGCUAUUCUUCCUCUGCAAUGUGCUAUCCGCAAACUCCAGCCUUCCAGUGAAUACUUGACUGCCAUCCAUGCAGAUUAUCUACAGAUGUGCUUGCUGUCCAAGUGCUACAAAGCUAGUCUUAGUAUCUUGGAGGAUGACAUAUUUGAAAUUGAUCAAAAAAAGACCUCACUUGUUCCACGGGACUUCCUUCUGUAUUGCUACUAUGGAGGAAUGAUUUACAUAGGACUGAAAAAAUUCUCUAAGGCCUUAGAGUUCUUUCAACAUGCAAUUACUGCUCCUACGACGGCCCUGAACGCCAUCACUAUUGCAGCUUUCGGGAAGUAUGUCCUGGUUUCACUCAUACAAAAUGGUCAGGUCCCUCCUUUUCCGAAGUAUACUCCCGCUGUUGUACUAAGAAACCUGAAGUCUUGCGUUCAGGACUAUUUGGAUCUAGCAAAUCUUUAUGCCAGCCGAAAUAUUGCCGAGGUGAAGCGUUGCAUCACCCAACACGAGGAGGUCUUUAAGAAUGAUAAUAAUCUUGGAUUGGCAAAGCAAGUCAUUGCGUCCCUAUACAAACGCAAUAUUCAGCGAUUAACUCAGACCUACUUGACCUUAUCCCUCCAAGACAUUGCUAACACGGUGCAAUUAGAUGAUGAGAAGGACGCUGAGUUGCACAUCUUACAAAUGAUUAAGGAUGGCGAUAUCUUUGCUGCUAUCAAUCAGAAAGACGGAAUGGUCAGCUUUCAAGAAGAUCCCGAACAGUACAAUACAUGUGACAUGACCCAGCGUCUCAACAAUGAAAUUCACCAUAUUGUAUGUCUUGCCAAGAAGCUGACAUGGGUGGAUGAGCAAGUUUCAUGUGAUCACGCGUAUUUGAGCAAGAUUGGAAGAGAUCGGCCCCGGUAUGAUGAGGACUUUGACCUGGUUCCACAGAAGAUUUAUACAAACAUCUGAGGUUUCUGAACAUGUAGCAGCCUAGCUAUCAAUUUGCAGCUGCAGUAAGUCAUCUGGACAUAAAUUUUAAGACCCUUUUGGGUGGUAAAGUGUAUAUGAUGCAAUGGUAUACAGGAAAAUGGCGUAGCCACCAUCUUUGAAACAUGUAGUGUUUCUGGACAGGGAGUUGUUAUUGCUGGAGUUCAAGCCUCAUUUUGUACAUUUCAGUUUAUGAGUAGUAUUGGUGUGCUUGAUAAUUUUUAAGUGGACGAAACUGAGUUUAAACCUAAUUUGUGUAAGUCGAUCCGAUGUCCGUUUUCAUUAUCGAAGCCACUUGAGGUGGGCCGAAGCAUUUCCACCGGUACUGUUUUC